AUGCCAAAGGAGGGCCCACAUUGUUGCAAUCAGUGCUCAGCAUCCGUUGCAAACGAGGACGAUUUAAAAUCGCAUCCGGAUUCAGUAUCUAUCUCUGGAAUCCGAUCCAUCGGAGAUGAUCGAUUGCGUGAAAAAUGCAGUGGACCAGAGAGAGAUUUUCAAGAGAGUGUAUUUCCUCAAAUAAAGGAGGAAUUUGAGAGUGAAAACGAUGAUUCCAGAGAUGGAGAGGAUGAAAGCGAUAAGGCCAGAGAGAUUGGGAACAAUGAUUCAAAGAAAAAAGAAUUAAGUGCCUCCAAAAAUAGGGAGGAGGCUAAUUUCGUCAGCAACAUCGAAAACGACGAUUCCAGAGAGAUCGAAAGAGGCGGUUCCUGGAGAAAAUGCGACGAUGACUCCAGAGAUAGAGAGAAUAAGAGCAAUGAGUCCAGGAGUUUCGGGAUGGAUGGUUCUAGAAACGUUAAGGACGAAAGCGAUUGCUUAGGAAACAUCAGAAAUGAGCAUGACAGAGAGAACGCAAACUGUGAUUCCGGAGAUGACGUUGGGGAGAGCCAUGAGCCCAGAGAGACGGACAGACAGAAAGAUAGGAAGAACGAAAGCGGCUCUUUAAGAAACAUCGGAAACGAUGAUUCCAGAGAUAACGGAAACGAUGAUUCCAGAGAUAACGGAAACGAUGAUUCCAGAGAUAACGGAAAUGACGAUUCCAGCAAUUCAGGGCACUGCAGCAUUGAAAUCAAGGCCAAACCCGCAUUUGAAUUCAUCAAGUGCGAAAGUUUCACCGAUGAUGACACCACUGCAAACGACGAACCUCGCUACGCCGUAGAUACCCUCAACGCCUGCACCUCGUCGCUGGUGAAUGCACAAAGAGAAACAAAAAAACGAAGAACCAAUCAAUCAAGCAGCACAAAAUCAGCCAAGAACCCCGCCCCAUCGGCUCGAGAAAAACCAUUCGUUUGCAAUGAGUGUUCGACCUCCUUCACCGCCAAAAGCAGUCUGAGACGCCACACACUCCUGCACACCGGGGAGAGGCUCUUCACCUGCAGCGACUGCUCGGCGUCCUUCGCGCACAAGGGCAAUUUGAAGUCCCACAUCCGGUGCCUCCACACCCAAGAGAAACCCUUCAGCUGCAGUAUUUGCUCCGCGACUUUCAAACGCAAGAGGAACCUGGCCGGACACAUGUCGGUGCACGAGGAACUGAAAUCCUUCAGCUGCGACCAGUGCUCCGCCUCCUUCGGCCGGGUGAGCGACCUCAAGCGCCACGUCCUCGUCCACAGCGGCGGACGCAAUUUCCGCUGCCCCCGCUGCCCUUGGGCCUUCACCAGCGAGAGGAAGCUGAAGGCUCACAUGUCCAGCGACCACGGCGAGAAGUUGUUCCGGUGCAGUCUUUGCCCGGGGUCCUUCAGCCAAAGGUUUCACUUGGAGGUGCACAUGCUGACGCACAGUGGCGAGAAGCCGUUUACGUGCAGUCAGUGCUCGGUGUCCUUCAGGCAUAGAGGUAAUCUAAGGAGGCACUUGCUCAUUCACUCCGGAGUGAAAUCCUUCGAUUGCGAUCAGUGUGCCAAGUCCUUCAGCCAGAAAGGGAAUUUGAAGAAGCACUUGUUGUCGCACCUGAAUAAUGCGGGACCAUUCAAGUGUCAGUACUGUACUGCUGUCUUUAAAAGAAUGAGCUUUCUUCAGUCGCACGAGGUGAAUCAUAGCCUUGUCAAUAGCCACUCUUAG